AUACAUGAUAAUAUAUAAUUGCGCAUUAUAAAGCAUAACUUUAGAAAAAGAAUAAAAAUCAAAUGGGAAGGCAUGGAGCCCAGAAUAUUAUUGAUUUCACUGUGUCUUGUAGUUAAUUAUGUGCAAGGACAGGGAAAUAUUCUACAAAUUCUCCGAUAUACAACAGGAUUUUCUAAGUUUGCGCAGCUGGUUACCAGAGCACAACUUACGAGGAUGUACGAGUCCCCAACUACCAUGACGGUGUUUGUGUUUACUGACACGGCUUAUAAUCAGCUACCAUACAGAGAACGUAACAUAAUAGACAGCUACACAGAAACUGAGCUCAAAGAUUACCUCAAGUUCUGUACAAUCUAUGGCUCGAGACUCAACACGGGUUCCAUGAGGGACGAUAUACAAUUCCGCAGCAUGGACUCCAACGGUGACAAAUUAUUUAUAAAUAGGAAACAGCGGUUGUACACCGUAAGUGUUUGGUCGGUGUUGUAGCAUACUGGACUUGACUUUGACUUUUCUGCUUAUUAUCUAAAACACUGUCAGGUAAAACCUACAGGCAUAUUAAGAAUUAAUUUUCUGA